AUGGUGGACAAGGGAGGAAAGGGGAGGAAGGAGGAGGUUGUGACCAGGGAGUAUACGAUCAAUCUCCACAAGCGUCUCCAUGGAUGGUACGAUGUUCGACCCCUCUCCCCUCUCUCCCCUCUCUCCCCUCUCUCCCCUCUCUCCCCUCUCCCCUUUCCUCUUCUUUCUGGGAGUCAGGUGUCGACACAUCCUCGCAUUUUUCUGUAUCGACUUGGGUCCAUUCCAUUCAUUUGUGCAGGAUACUGAGACGCCUCCUUGUAGUCUACCGUAAUUUUCGAUCGUGCAGAUUUUUUGGACUAUCACAUUGUCUGUGUUCUUGGCUCCGCCACGUAAUGCUUAUCGUUUGAUCACUUUGGAACUAUCACAUUUUCCAUAAUUAAUGUGAAUACGGAUCAUACAUUAGUUUACGGUUUGAAUGCUCAGCUUUAAAGUACAUGCUACUUCUUUCCUGUCAUGUUCGUUGUAGCUAACUGACUCUGCCGUUCAAAUGAUUCAUUCUCUACAUGGUUUAUUGGGAUGUGAUGAAAGUAAUCUUCUGGCCCAUGAAUCAGAAAAACAUUGAUGCUUCGCGUGUUUAAUGAGACAGGUUCAUUGCUUUAGAAAGGAGUGGUCUUAUCUUUUCAGCACCGAACAUUGCUUGGCAGAAUGAUUGUGCUAGAAAUAUGUAUUAUGCUUUCCGGUACUGUGAUUUCCAUAUUUAUCUGUUCAUUCAUCGACGUCCAUUAUCACCCAAUCCUCUGCCCUCCGAUCGCCUGAUUACAUAGAAUAUCUUCAUGUUUUCAUGCUCAAUACUUGUCAGUUUUUCUGGAUUAUAUAUAGUCCAUAAGCUUUGUUUGAAAUGUCACCAAGAUGCUAUUUAAGGAAUAUCAAACGCCACUUUUCAUUUUCUAAAAAAAAUUAAGAAUUCCCUCAAUUGAAGUUGGCAAUAAUCUUCUAGCUGGACCUAUGAUAAUCUGUUCCUGUUUAUAUCUGCCCAGAUUUCUGCUCUGGACUCCACAGCUUGGGUUCACAGGAAACAAUGGUACAUCAAUCCAAUUAUCAAAAAUCUUAAGUGCCUUGAGAUUUCACGAACCGUUCUUUCUUGGAUGGAUUGGUUGAUAUUGGAAUCAUAAUCCUUUGAAACGUAGUUUGGCAUGAAAAAAAUUUGAUCGGGAUUUGAAAUAAUUAAUUUCUUCCGUUCACUCUUUUCUAAAUAUUUCAUAUAUCAAUCACACUUUGAAUACAAAAAAUCUACAGGCUGAUACAUCUCUGAUCCUUUGAAACGUAGUUUGACAUGGAAAAAAUUAAUCGGGAUUCGAAAUAUUAAUUUCUUCCGUCCACUCUUUUCUAAAUUGGCCAUAUUUUCUGAACACCUUCAUCAAAUCACACUUCGAAUACAAAAAUUCUACAAGUCUUUAAUAACUUUUCCUCCAUUAAGAUCGAAUUGGUCCUUGGAAGAUAUCAUGCUGCAACCUAAGCAGAGUCAGCCUUCAUUGCAGCUUCCUGACCUUGCUCAUCUAUCCCAUAAGCGGGAAUAACCAAAAAAUGCCAUCUAUAUCUUUAAUAAAUGAAUCAUUGCUGAUACUUUGGGAAUUUUUUUCCCCUAAUUGCCUGAUAAUAUGCUGAUUGCUGCGGCGCAUUAAUCGGAUGCACCGACUGAUUCAACCUUGGCUUCUCCCUUUUUUUUUUUUUUUCUUUUUUUAAAACUUGGGUCUCUUAACGAAGAGAGAAGAAGCCCUGGCAAUUCAAUCCCUCUCCUCUGAUUAAUUAAAUAUGUUUUAUUUAUUUGGAAAAAAAGAGAUAAGAUUGCAAUCUUCUCUCUUAUCAACAUGAAGAAAUGAAGAUAUCUGAUUAUGUUUUUUGCAGCACUUUCAAGAAGAAGGCUCCCAAGGCGAUAAAGGAGAUAAGGAAGUUCGCUCAGAAGGCGAUGGGGACGGCGGACGUGAGGGUGGACGUGAAGCUGAACAAGCAGGUGUGGAGCCGCGGCAUCCGCAGCGUCCCCCGGCGCGUCCGCGUGCGCAUCUCCCGCAAGCGGAACGACGACGAGGACGCCAAGGAGGAGCUCUACUCCCUUGUCACCGUCGCCGAUAUCCCCCCCGAGGGAUUGAAAGGCCUCGGCACCAAGCUCGUCGACGAGGGAGAAGAUUGA